AUGGGCAGCAUCGAGGAACCCAGCUUUAGUGAGCUGAAUAAAGACCUCGACUAUGAUGUACUCAUCAUUGGAGCUGGUCUCUCUGGCAUGUAUUCUCUUCAUCGAAUGCAUCAGCUUGGGCUUCGAACAAAGGUUCUCGAAGCGGGCGGCGAUGUCGGUGGAACUUGGUACUGGAAUCGCUACCCAGGCGCACGAUUCGACUCUGAAAGCUACUCAUACAAUUUCUCAUUCUCUCAGGAAAUUCUUGAUGAGUGGAACUGGUCAGAGCAUUUUGCCUCUCAGCCAGAAACUCUACGAUACUGCGAGUUUGUAUGCAAAAAGCUCGACUUGCGUCGAGACAUGCAAUUUGAUACGCGGAUCACAGCGGCAUAUUUCCAAGAUAAGACGAAUUCAUGGCUUCUCAAGGAUGAACAAGACCGCCAAUAUACUUCUCGUUUUCUGGUGACUUGUAUCGGAAUAUUGAACAACUAUACUAUGCCUAACAUUCCAGGUGUUCAUGAUUAUGAGGGAGAGGCGUACCACACAGCCCGUUGGCCAAGUGUUCCUGUUAGCUUUGAGAGCAAACGGGUCGCUAUUAUUGGAACCGGAGCUACUGGUAUUCAAGCAACCCAAGAAAUCGUGAAGACGGCUAGUCAUCUUACCGUGUUCCAAAGGACACCAAACUGGAGUUUACCUUUACGCAAUGCACCAAUUAGCCCAGAGGAGAUGGAUGAGAUUCGGUCUCAGUAUCCUGAAAUCUUUCGAAAAUGCGCAGAAUCAUACUCCUGCUUUAUGCAUGUCUCAGAUACCCGCAACACUCUCGAAGUGAGCCCCGAAGAGAGGCAGGCGUUCUGGGACGAUUUAUACGAGAAGCGAGGCUUUGAAAAGUGGCUGGGCAACUUUGGGAACAUUAAUACGAACAAGGAGGCCAAUGAUCUAUUUAGCGAUUUUGUCGCGAAUAAGAUUAGACAACCGCGUUCCCUUGAAUCCGGAUACUUUGAGGCUUACAAUCAACCGAAUGUGAGGUUGGUUGACGUGAAGUCCAAUCCCAUUGAAUGCAUUUCAACGAAAGGCAUUCGCACUCGAGAUGAAGAUUUUGAAUUUGACAUUAUCAUCUACGCAACCGGAUUCGAUGCCGUGACUGGUUCGUUUACGGCAAUCGAUUUCCAGGGCGUGGGUGGAAUCAAGUUGAAAGAUCGCUGGGUCGAGGGGCCUCGAACAUUUCUGGGAUUGUUCGUUGAAGGAUUCCCAAAUAUGACUAUGGUGAUGGGUCCACAUCAGAUGUUUGGAAACAUUCCGCGAAGUGUUGAGUAUGCUGUCAGUUGGGUGUCGCGUUUCAUCGAGUAUUGCCGCGACCAUCACGUUACCUUCGCUGAGACAACUCACCAGGGUGUGUUGGACUGGACUGAGCAUGUACACAACUGUGCGGUCGGACUGCUAGCUAAUGAUGUUGAUUCAUGGAUGACAGGAGUCAAUAAAAAUCUGGCACAUAAGCAAAAGCGGAUUAUUGCAAGAUACCAAGGGCCAGCUCCCGGGUAUAGGAAGCGUGCUGAAGAUGUAGCGACGCGGAACUACGAGGAUUUGAUAAUGAAGUGA